GUUAGGUAUUUGAAGAUGAUCGAGGGGGCAAGAUUUCACAAUAUGCUAGGCGGCGGUGGCGGUAUGGGUGGCGGCGGUGGCAGGGGAAAGCUGGAAAACGAGAGCAACGGCUUCUACGACAUGCCGUACUACCACAAGGUCGGGGAGAGUUCCCACAUGUCGGUGGAUAGCUCCGACAACAUGAACUCGAUGAACUUCGUUGGCGGCUCGGUUGCCAUGUCGGUGGACAACAGCAGCGUGGCCUCCAACGAGUCGCGCACCGUCAUGCUCAACCACCCGGGCCUCCGUGAUGCUCCGACGCCGAACUAUUCUGUCUGCAACAGCGUCAUCUACCCGAACCGGGCUGCUGCGUCUGUUCUGAAGGAGGAUGCGUUGGCUCGGGUUUUGAUGGACCCGACUCAUCCGACGGAGAUACUUACUAACUAUGAGGAGUGGACCAUUGAUCUGGGGAAGCUGGACAUGGGAGCUCCUUUUGCUCAAGGGGCCUUUGGGAAGCUAUAUCGGGGAACUUACAAUGGGGAAGAUGUUGCCAUUAAGCUGCUGGAGAAGCCUGAGAAUGAUCUAGAGAGAGCACAGUUGAUGGAACAGCAAUUUGUGCAAGAAGUGAUGAUGUUGUCAACAUUGAGGCACCCAAAUAUUGUGAGGUUCAUCGGGGCAUGCAGGAAGUCGAUUGUUUGGUGUAUCAUUACCGAGUACGCAAAAGGUGGCUCUGUCAGGCAGUUCCUUGCCCGACGGCAGACCAAGUCUGUGCCCCUGAGAUUGGCAGUGAAACAGGCACUUGAUGUUGCCCGGGGAAUGGCAUAUGUGCAUGCCCUGGGGUCUAUUCACAGGGAUCUGAAGUCAGACAACCUUCUAAUUUCAGCAGACAAAUCAAUCAAGAUUGCUGACUUUGGAGUUGCUCGAAUUGAGGUAAAAACCGAGGGAAUGACUCCAGAGACAGGGACCUACCGCUGGAUGGCACCGGAGAUGAUCCAGCACAGGCCUUAUGAUCACAAAGUCGAUGUGUAUAGCUUUGGGAUUGUCUUGUGGGAGCUCAUGACCGGCAUGCUCCCCUUCACAAACAUGACGGCUGUUCAGGCAGCCUUUGCUGUCGUAAACAAGAAUGCCCGUCCACCAAUCCCACAAGAUUGUCUGCCUUCUCUAAGCCACAUCAUGACUCGCUGUUGGGACGCAAAUCCUGAAGUCCGCCCGUCAUUUAACGAGGUUGUGACCAUGCUUGAGACUGCUGAGAUGGAAGUCGUUAGCAAUGUCCGUAAAGCACGGUUCCGCUGCUGUAUCUCUGAGCCCAUGACCACCGACUAAGAUUAGUGCAGGAUCCAUAGUACCAGAAAUGAAAAAGGGGAAGAAGAAAGAGAGUGAGUGAGAAAGGAGAUGUUGCAAUCUCGAUGUAUAGGCCACACUGAUGCACUCGGGAUUUGUGUGCCGAUCCCAAGGUCUGAUCCCUGUGCUAAGGUUUCUUACACUGCUGCUUUCUAUCUUGUCUUAGCUGCAUGGGUUGGGGUGAUUGCUUGUCAAAUAUGGAUGCUACUUUGUACUGUUUUUUUGGGAGGAUGCUAUCUGGUAUUGUUAGCAAUGAUCUAUCGUAUGUAUUCUCGAAAACAAAAGAGCUGUCGUGUGUUAAUAACAGCUGCAUAUUCGAGUUGCCUUCUAGCCAUUGUGUAAUUGUGUGUUCAUUGUCUGAAAUUUCGAGCUACCUGAGGUUAUUA